UUCCCAGGCAGUAAUGGAUGCCACUUGGCUGAGGUUGCAAUGGAGCUGCACUGAGCUGGUUGCAGGGGGCUGCAGUCUCCAGCAGGCACUCACCACAGGGACCCACCAAGGAGAGAGUGCAGCCUGAGGGAGCACAGCUGCAAAGACCCAUCUUCCUCCAAACCCCUAUCUCCUGUGGUGUUGCUCAGGACUCUUUCGAUGAUGAAUUGUUCUUUGAACAUACUUCUGUUGCACUACACAAUACAAAAUGCACAGCUCAACUGCUAAGGGUAACCUUCCUGUAACCAGCACCGAUUUUAUUUGGAUGUUAUCACAGAUACAUUCAGCAGUGAAGAUGACUGUGGUGGAGAGUCCCCCCAGCUAAGACUAGACCGUUGGCCAUGAUAUUCACCACUCAUAAAACCCUGCCUUCCUCAACCACGCAGUGACAGGCCUGCUAAGCUGCAACAAGUAAGAAUUUCAUUACUCCAUUGCCAGUACAUACGACCAUCAAAUACUGGUUGACUCCUGACUAAGCAUAACUGGGAAAAGGACAGAAGUUUAAAAGAAGAUUCCUGGUCAUAAAAUUAUAUGCCGGUUUACAAUAGUACUCCAUUGUCCCAUCAGUUCAAUGGAGAAAAGCAAUCAUCAGGACCUAAUACAAUGGGAUGAAGAGCUGCAGACCAACAUCAACAAGGGAUUUUGUAGCCCUGAUGAUGUGCUGAACCUAUGUGGAGAACAAGUGGUCCAUGCCAGACCUCCACAGAGUUCAGGAGGGGAGGAAAACACCAGUUUGCACCUGAGUGGCAUGGAGGGGGUCAGUGCUGGGACCACCUGUCUUCUAGAGCAUGAGCAAUCCCUUGAUGGGAUCCCACCGCAGCUGAGGACACUCGCGGGCUCGAGACACGGGGUGGAGUUUGACAGUCAGUUCCCGGACCCCCCCAGCUACAAGCCAGCGAGUCCGUUAGAACCGCAAGUCCAAAAGGAACCGAUUCAAUCUGAUCCAAGACCAGUGGGAGCCAAGCUUGGACCUGCUCCAACACAUCCACUGCUGACGGAGAACUUGAUGGCUGCUCCUAACCGUUGCAGCCAGCCAAGUUCUUUCAACACUUGCCUGCCAGAGAAUAUCUUGGAUGGAAUAAAUCUGAACCUUUCCGAAGUAGGAGGUAAGGGAUUGCUGACGACUUACAUGCACGAGGAGCAGGAUAUGCACACGCUAAGCUCGGUCCGUGGCCCGUCCGAGGAUGGGAUGUUGUACGGGUUUGAUUUGUCCUGUGACCGCGAUGGGAACCAGUACACCGCACUCGACCAGAUGUCCUAUGAGUACGAUGUGACGUGCGGGGAGGAAGUGCAGUAUACCUCUUUGGAUCCGGUUUCCUACAGCUUUGAUGUGUCUUGUGAGACGGAAGAAGAUAUAAGCACUUCGGUCGACCCGAUGUCCUAUGAGUUUGAAGUUGCCUGUGCGAGAGAUGACGGCGGCAUGGAGUGCUUCCAUCAAAGUCCCGUCAAUGGAGGCAAGGGAGAUGCGGUGAUGUCAAGUGAAGCCGUCGGAGAGGCGACCAGUGCUCUCUGCUCCUGGCCUGAAACCCAGCUCGCAAUGGAACCGCUUGAGCAUCAAAGUAGCGCGGAGAGUUCUUCUCUUGAUACGCCCUUCAGGAACGAAGGCAGCUCCAAAACAACAGCCAUGGCAUCCCAAGAGCAAGAAUUGCCAGUGAAAGAGGCUCAUCGGACAGAACAAGCUCUGACAAGCGAGAAUACAGCAGCAGAAAUGAAGCGAUCUCCAGAGAGUGAUGAAACUACGACUGUUCACUACCUCCAUUACCUCAGCAUCUCGCGGGACAAGGAGACGAGUGGGUCUGGGAUGGAUGAAUGCUUCAGUGAGCAGCACAUGGGUGGCAGUGUCGAGCCAGCCAAUACCUCUGUGGCCAGUUACACUCCCAGUCUUUGUCGAGCUGCGUCCUGGGACCGUACAGCUGCAGCAGCCGAGGGCUGUCUGGAAAAUCCCUCCCAGCCCACUGGGGAAAUCUCCGCAGAAGACAGCCUGGAUUCUUCAGUGGCUGCCUCAGCUCCUCUGCUCAGCAAACGUUGUCCGGCCCUUGCUGCUGACCCUCCAGGCCUGUCCAUCUCAGGCAAUACAGAUGGGCAGGUUGGCCAGACGACUGAAGGAGAAACUAGGACGAUUCAGCCGGCACUUUCUUUGUUUGGGAACGAAGAGGAGAAAUCUCAGGGAAGGCCUGCUAGUCAAAAUGGAGAUGCCUUAAUGGAACCUAUACUGGUUCAAAGAGAACCAAGCAUUAGUCCUUCCAGAGAAAAGCCACCCAGCGGAGAAGAUCCAGACUCGCCUACAGGUGAUUUUUCUCCGCAGGUCUCCACCGCAAGAGGACACUCCAUUCCCAAUUCGGCCUCAGCGAAGACCGUAUCUAAAUCAGCAGCCAAGACACAUUGGGCGGAGAUCCUGGGAAGGGCAGGAGAAGAAACGAGAACAAGUUCUGACUCUGACUCUGAUGGCACAUCUACAUCUCAGAAGUUCUGCCCACCCGUGAAUGAGGAGAGGACCAUCUCCAAGGGGUCGGAAGAAACAGAGGUGGCCUCCUUGACCAAUACCACCAGCAAGAGACGAGAUGGAGAGCAGCUGGCCGCUUGUUCAGAUGUUCCUGAACCAGCCCAAGCACGGGCAUGGCAGCAGAGGGAGAAUGAGAAGCAAGGGAGCAGUGGGCAGCACGGCUGGGGGAUCCAAGAGUUGGAAGUCGGCUGUGAUGCAACCUCCAGAGAGACGGCAAGGUCAGAAGAAACUUUGGAGCCACGAUUGGAUCCAGCAGAAAGGCACAAGGCCAGUAAGCUGCAGAAGGUGGAUUGCCAGAGGGAGUGCAACCAGCCAGAGUCGGCCAGUGUGAGAGAUGGCGAGGAGCUGAGACACACUGGGUCCUCCGGCCAACCGUUCCUCUACACCUGCACCAAGUGCAGUGUCUACUUCCAAGACAAGGACUACCUGCGCAGGCACAUGCUCGACCACUUUGACGGGCAGAGUGCGGAGGGCUCGGCAGGAGGGCUCGGCCCGUUCAGCUGCCAGGAGUGCGGCCAUUCCUUCUGCGACCCGGCCUUGCUGCGGUCCCACAUGGGUCUCCACCAGGCCCGCAGAGCGAGCUUCAUGGAGGCCAUACAGGAGUUGGCAGAACCACGGGCAAAGAGCUGCGGUGCCAGGCUGCAGUGCCCCCAUUGUAAGUUCGAUACCAACUCCCCUGCCCGGUUUGAGGACCACGUGAAGAAGCACGCCCGCCAGGCGCCACCCCCGUGCAAGCUCUGCAAGGCUCAGGCAGCCACGGCCAGCGAACUGCAGGAACACUGGUCACUCUGCCAUCCACACUCCCUCCAAGAGCGCAAGACUCCGUGUGUCCCCAAUCCCAGGACGCCACCUCUGGCCGCCACGGUCGGCCUGCAGGCGGGCAAGGAGCACCCGCCAGCUGGGCGAGAGGAGAAAGGUUGCGUGAAGUUUGGCCGACUCUCCCCCUUCCAGCGGAAGCCGGGCCGAUCGGCUUGGCCGUCUGCCAGCCAAGGCUCCGGCCAGUCGGGCAAGUGCGAGAACCCCCAAACGUUCCCGUCCGGCAGUUUGCCGGAGAGAGCAUCCCUGCCUUCUGCGGCCAAGGGCCCGAGUCGGUAUCAAGCCAAGCACCCGUUGUGGCGCGGGGACGCGAAGAGGAAAGCGAUGUUGGAGACUGCGGGGAGCAGGGGCGGCAAGUUCAGAAUGCACCCGCUGGUGGGUACGGCAAAGGGCAGCCGGCCUCACAGUGUACCGUACGGGUCACCAACCGACCUGUGCCAGUACCUGGGCUUGCAAGAUGCCGCAAGGGCAGCCCUCUUCCCCUUAGCCGAAGAAAGCUACAACCCCCAGAAACUGGCAACCGAUUCCGCUCCAGGCCAGGAGUGGAAGGAAUUAGAAGUGGGAAGUGAAGGGGUCGCAAACCUCAGAAAUGCCUUAACCUACAGGAAAGUCAUCGUUGACCAUCACCCGGCCCAGGCAACCAGCUGCGGACCUCCAGUCCCCGUGCCCAGCGCCACGGAAGUAGAAAGAACUUGUGGCGUUUCGAUGGAUCCGCAGGUGAAGGGAGUCGAGCAGAAGGUCUCGGAGUCAGCGGGACACGUCGACAAUGCGCGGAGCUUUCACCCGAAGAAGAGAAGACAGUCGGGAGCACUGCCUGGUGCCUCCUGUAGACCCAGAGCAGUGAAGAAGCACACAAAGGAGUUGCUGGAGACUAUAAACCUUCCCCUGGACCUUCCAGUCGACCAACGUCAGCAGUUAGUGAAGAUGACGCCUUUAAUAUUGCUUGAAGACAUGGACAGACAGUCAGUCAGCAAAUCGACUUCAGAUGACCAUGUCUUCGAAUCUUCUUCAGAGCCAUUGGACAUUCAUCCACAGAAUGAACCUGUGAAUGGUCUUCCACGUGAACCGACAGAAACCCAUUCGAUUCACAAACCUACGGACGAUAUUCCUCAAGUUGAACCCAUGGAAACCCAUUCACGUUGUAUAGCUGGCAACAGCCAUUCACAACACAAGUCCAUCGAAAUCCGUUCAUACGAACUAAUAGAAAACCGAUCACUGUGCAAAUCCUUCAACAGCUAUCCUCUACAUAUAUCCCUGGAAAACCAUUCACAUGAACCAUCAGAACCUCAUUCACAACACAACCUCGUUAACAGCCAUUCACUGCUCAAGAAAACUCAUUCACGUUAUGAAUCCAUCUGCUUCCACUCGCAGCGUGAUACCCUGAGCAGUUAUUCCCAGUCUCACACCUUCCCUGAAGAAAGGGAAUUGGAUUCUUCACUGGAAGCUCAGGUAGACAGAGGCCUCUUCUGGGAGGUCCCUGGUGAAGAUCUGACAAUCGACCUGAUGAAAAAAUCCAAAGAUCUGUUGAGCAGGAACUUAUUGCGCAUGUUUCCGCUGGAAGAGAGAGAAUGUCCUUACUGUCCAGAUAAAUUCCACACCGGGAUAGGUCUGGCUAACCAUGUCCGUGGCCACCUUAAGCGAGUUGGCAUUAGCUACAACACACGGCACUUUGUCAGUGCAGAAGAAGUCACGGCCAUUGAAAAGCAAUUCUCUUUACAGAAGCUGAAGAGGAAAGCAUUGAAGUUCCGGGGCGGUGUUGUGGAGAAGUGCAACCUCUGCGGCGCCAGCUUCGACUCGCGGGCGGGCAUGUCGAGCCACGCACGGGCACACCUGCGGGAGCUGGGCGUCAUGACCUGGAGCGCCACCAGCUCUCCCAUCGACCUGCUCAACGAGCUGCUUCACGACCAGGUCCCCCCCGCCCUCGCUGACGGACAGCCCAGCCCCGACCCUGCCUCCAGCGGGCACACCAGCCACCGGCCAGGCUCGGACCCACCAAACGCCCAUCUGCCAGCGAAAGUGUUCACCUCCGCCAACCGCAACUCGCCACCACCGAGAAACAAGGUGGUGAUAAUAGAUCCGGACGAUGAUGAAAUGUCUGCUCUGGUGCUGGACUUGCCGUCUGGGCAUAGUUCUGGAGAAACCGAAUUGCAAGAGAAAAAUGGAUUUCUGGGGGCGUUGGAUGAUAACUCGCAUCCCAAGCAGCCUCUUUCCAAAAUUUCCUUGGUCAGUCAAGGGGAGGAUUCACUACAGUCGAACAAAUUGCUGAAUUCCUGUCAGUUAUGUGGCACCUGCUUUGAAACUCGUAAAGGAUUGUCGAGUCACGCACGCUUUCACCUGAGGCAGUUUGGAGUACCGGAUUCAGAAAGCAGUGGUGCCCCCAUUGGUACAUUGUAUGAACUGAUGAAAAGAAAAGGGAUACCUAAUGUUUUACCCUCAGCUUUGGCUAAUGAUAAACCACAAAGCUAUGCACCAAAGGACAUGUCUGGUUUAAAACAAGAGGCUCUUGGCAAACCACUCGGGGAGGAGUGUCAAGGUGAAACAACACCAACAGCUAAAUCGCCAAAGUUGGGCAUGAACAGCCCACCCAAGGGUCAGUCUCAGACUUCAACACUCAAGAAAGUGCACCCCAUUUUACCAAAGCCAGUGUCCAGUAAAUCUCCAGAGCAAGGGAAAGCUGGUAGAUCAUUGAUGAACACUCCUCAGACAUCAGGAGAACUACUGUCAAAGAAACUAUUUUGGUCUCCUCAAGAUGACAAUACACCUUUAAACCUCACAGUAAACAGUGAACACAUAAGCUGUCGGUUGUGUGGUGCCUGCUUUGAAACCCGGAAGGGGCUGUCAAGCCAUUCCCGAGCUCAUUUGAGGCACUUUGGAGCGGUGGAUAUGGAUUCCAAAGGAUCUCCGAUUGAAGCUCUGAAUGAAUUCAUUAAGAAAAAGGGGAUCCAGAACGCUUUAUCAUCCAUGCUACCGAUGAAGAAAGCGCACAGCUACCAUAAGGUGGCUGCCCUCAAAGCGGAAAGGAGCAAUUUUAAAUUAGGAUCACCAGUCAACAAGAAAACAUCAACAUCUCAUUCAAUGUCAACACAGAAAAAGCUGAAGCACGUUACCAUGGGAAUGCAUAUGGCAUCUGGGAUUUCUCAGGCCUCGAGUCCCAAUGGGCUGACUACCGAGUCUUAUUGGUCAACGUCACCUAUAAAUCUGUCGAUUGAUUCAACGCCUAGCAAAGAGACGCGUUGUGAAUUUUGCGGUGAUUACUUUGAGAACCGCAAGGGGCUGUCAAGUCACGCAAGGUCACACCUGAGGCAGUUUGGGGUGACCGAAUGGACAGUUAAUGGUUCGCCAAUAGACACAUUGAAGGAGCUCAUGAAAAGGAAAAUGCAUCCUUUUGAAUCAUCUGUCACACCUGGUCUCAAAGUGUCCCCAAAGCCAGUGGCGACUGGCAUGAAAUCACCAACUGUGAACACACAUGCUUUCUCGCACGCCACGGGUAAAUCAACUAAGUUCAGUCUGACCAUUCCAUCCGUCCGGCAGGUUCCAUCGGGAUCACUCCUACCCAAAAAGGUUCAGGGCCAAUUUCUCUCCCCGUCACCAUUGAAAAAGAUGAAACCGAACCCACUGAAAAGGGUGAAACAGGAACAUUUCAAAAUAGAGUAUAACCCCGAAGAGCCAGCAACUUCACUGAAGAGCGACAGUUACUUACCAGAACAAAUGUGGCCACCCAGAGGAGAAGCUUCACCCCUCCAUUUAACAGUUGAUCAACCUAGCAAAGAUGUCCGUUGUGAAUUCUGUGGUGAAUACUUUGAGAAUCGCAAGGGACUGUCAAGCCAUGCCAGGUCGCAUCUGAGGCAGUUUGGGGUGACGGAAUGGACAGUGAACGGUUCACCGAUUGACACACUGAAGGAGCUGAUGAAAAGAAAGGGGAAGCAUGAACCAUUUGGCCACGACCCAGAGCAACAGGGGCUGCAACAGGACCCCCAGAACUACAAAUACGAGGAGAAACACAUUGCUAAGCCAUUUGGACAUAUUAUUAAGUCACCCGUUAAGGUGAUGCAUCAAAAGCAUCUGACACCCCAAAAUAGAAAAGUAUUGACCUAUACAUCUAACAGCCAACAUCCAACCUUGUCACCUCUGGGAAAGAAAAUACCCAUGGGUUUUGUAUCGACUGCAUCACUAAAGAAAUCCAUGCCAGAUGAAAGAACCAUGACACAUGAAUUGAAGCCCAGCUAUACGGAAUCGGGUUCCUAUAAGCCGAAGGCCACUUGGUCUCCACAGGAGAAGGUGACAACAACACCGGUAAUUGCUGCAGACACUUGCUGCGAAUUAUGUGGCCACUACUUUGAAAACCGGAAAGCUUUAGCCAGCCAUGCCAGAGCCCAUCUCAGACAGUUCGGGGUGACUGAAUGGCACAUCAACGGCUCACCGAUAGACACCCUGAGGGAAUGGAUCCGCCAGAAGCCCAACAUUAGCCCCGGUACCUCUGUGAACUGUGUGCAGGAUCGCCCCCUUCCAAAGCCCAUCAGAAACAAUAUCAAAUCAAUAGUUAAGGAGUUGCCAGGGGAGCUGUGUUCAUUACCAGGGGGUAAGACAGUGAAGUUGGAACCGGUGCAGCCCAAAACAGUAGAGUUGGGCUUCCCAACCUCACCGGUGCAGAAGAAUCCAGAGACAGACAAAAUGCCUCCGAACGAGUGCUACACUCCCACUGAUCUGAGCCAAAGCAACAUAACUGAAUGCACCCCAAGCUCCUCCAUGCCAUCCGAGGACGAGGAGCCCCAUCCAAAGAAAAAGAGAAAGCACCCAGUCAAGUUAGGAACCUGUGAGUAUUGUGGAGUGACACUAACCACGGGUGUAGGCCUCUCCAACCAUAUGCGUGGCCAUCUGAAAUCUGGAUUGAAAAGGAAGUUACCGAGUCUGUCUCAGUUUGAGGAACUCCACGAAAAGGCUGAACCUGCACUCACCGACACAUACAAUGAGCGUAAGCAACAAAAGCCAGCGAUAUACACAGAGAACUUGUCACCGAAACGAGAGGAGGGGAAAGAGACAAAGACGUUCAGGUCAAAGUCAGAGGAACCCAAACCUCUCCGAGUCAGGCCUGUGAUCUUUCCAGUCCUGAAACCUGAGCCGCUCUCACUGGUGAAGUUUAUAGGAAACAUCUAUACUCUGAAAUGCAGGUUUUGUGAUGUGGAGUUCCAUGGGCCUCUCUCAAUUCAGGAAGAAUGGGUGAGACACCUUCAACGACACAUCCUGGACGUGAACUUCCCGAAGGUGGAGGCUGUUCGCGAAGAGAUCUCCACGUCUGCUGAGCCUGAGAAAUAGGUUGAAUCUGCUGCCUGUGUAGAAACCUGGGUAGAUGGGGUCAGAUCGACAAGCGCAGUCUCUCUCCAAGGCACAUGCCAUUAUUUUUUAUGUUCUAGUUUAGUGAAGUUUGGAAAGGUUCUUCUUUGCCUUUGAACGUUUAAGUCCCUGUGUAGUAAUGAAAGUAUCUGCCUUACGUGGGUUUCCUUAUAGAGUAAUUCUGCAUUCACCUCAUACAAUUAGAAUGUCGCGCAGAACAGCUUAGCCUUGAUUAAUGUUGUAUAGUCUAGAAGCAGUCACGUGCCACAGUCCUGUCGAGGAGAGCCGCAGUGUCAAGAGGGCGCUGAAGUAUGUGGCACUAAUGUAGCCGGGGCCACAGCUUGCUCCAGAUCCAUUUGGCCGCCUGCCGUUAAACCCCCAGGCAAGGAAUCCUGCAUUAAUUUGUGCCUUGGGAAAGACGGAAGGCAACACAAGGCAGAUGGAUGACAGUAACUUAGUCCAUUUUUAAUAACAUACCACUUGUUAAAUUGUUGUGAGUGAAGCUUAAAUUUGACAUGUCACAGAUAAAGAUAAACAAAAGGACUCCUCUGCAGGCUGCCCUCCUCCUGCUUGUUGCGUUGAGGCAGAUACAGGCAGCCGUGACACAGAGGCGUGGACGUGGCCAUUGCUGUGGUGAGUGAAAGAGGGCUGUGCUGGUUUAGAUACAAAGCACAGGUCACCUGGAGGUCCAGAGG